ACAAAAUUUAGAGAAUAGUUUUACACUGACCACAUCAAAACGGUUAAGAAUACACUGGGCGUGCUCUCUUUACGAUGGGCGGACCAUGGCAUGAAGGCUGAGCUGUGUUUGGGCGAGACGGGAAAAGUGGGAGGGACUCGACGUAUUUCGGGGGGGAAAAAAUACGGAAACAAAACAGAAACCAAUGUGGAAAACGUGUUUCAGAUCAGAACUACAGGAUAUAUCUUUGGAUACAAAAACCGAAUACGCUGUGUGUAUUCCAAAACAAUAAAGAAAGGACCGCUUCACGCAAACGCCAUUUGUAUAUCUCCGUGAAGAGCAGUUGAAGUGGUUAUGGCUAGUAAAGAUGCAUAAUGGAUUAUCACUGCCAUUGACGUCCUGGCCAAUUGAAACUUGGUUCUGGUUGAAUCUCCUGUCUGAUCUACUGGUGCUAUUUCCUGUGGUCACCUGGUAGAUCUGCUUCUGAUGGUUUCCUGGCAAAUCUACUUGCUGUUAGUCUUGUUGUCACACAGUUUGCAAAUGGCUGCAUCUGUGAUUAUUGUGUAAGGUGAUUAAAGAAGACAAAGGAAGAGUAAGAAAAAAGGAGAGUUAUAGUGAGUGUGGGUAAGAGAGAGAGAGAGAGAGAAAGAAGUGGGUAAAAAGGGGAUUCUGGGAUUAUGGAGACGCUCUCACAAGACUCCCCUUUGGAAUGCCAGAUAUGUUUCAACCGCUACAGCCCGCGACAUCGGCCCAAGGUGCUGGACUGCCAGCACACCUGCUGCUCUGUGUGCCUGACCCAAAUGGGGGCGGGGCAACGGGAAGUGCGGUGUCCCUGGUGUCGCGCCGUCACUAGGUUGCCAGCCGGCCAACCUGUGUCCCAUCUCCCGGACGACCCGGACGCUAUUGCCUUCAUCGCCGUGCAACGCACGCAGCACACACCAGUCUUCAUCCGGUUGUCUAGCAAUGGUUGCUACACGCUGCCCCUGACAGGUGGGGAUGAACGGGGAGGGCCUGCAGUGGGGAGAACGAACGAGCGCCAGAAAGGUGUGGCCAUGGUGGCGCUGCCCAUGGUGGAGCGGGAGAGAGGGAGGCGAGGGGCCACCUGGUCUGGGGUCUGCACUGUGCUCCUGGUGGCCUUCAUCCUCCUCUUCCUCCUCAUCAUCAUCCUGCACAACAUGUCCUGUGUCUCUAAGCGUUUCACAGUCAUCUCCUGUGGCUGAAAUUUGGGCAGGAUCACAGAGCACAAGAACAGUUGGGACUGGGGUGGAAGGUGGUGCUUGUGGCAUGACCCUCUUCUGAGAACUGAUGAUGGGCUGACCAGGCUUUACCACUGUGCCCUCUCAGGUAUGAAGAGCUGAUCACUGCUCAGCUGUAAUGGCUGUCCUGAAGAAGGGCAACUUUGGAGGCCAGUGUCUCUUCUUGAUGCAGACCUCAAUGGAAAUAACCUUUCACCAUUGUUGGCUAGUUGCAGCCAGUAAUUUUGUGAUUGCAAUGUUAAUUUUUACUUAUUCUUUCAUACUUUUCUCAAAUGUUGUGGUCUAGGGAUAUUUUAAUAGGUUCUUAAAAUUUCAUACUUCAUCAGACCAACUCUGUGCAGUUAUGAUUGUAUUUGUAUGUUUUUCUAUCAUUUUUGUUUUUGUAGUCAACGUUUUUUGAAGUUGUAUUUAUAGAAAGGUUAUUUUUUAAAUAUGUGAAUUGCAAACAGUGUUCAUAUGAUGAAUGCCAUGCCCUUUUACUCCUGUCUGAUGCUGAGAUGAAGCAAUGACUGUGACUGUGGGCAGCUUCACUCUUUAUCUGAGUAACUGUGACAAACUUCUUGAUGCAUGGUAAAUAUUUCCAAAGAAAUAUUUUUCCUGUGUUUCAUUUUUUAAUGGUUCGUGAAAUGUUAUUAGUAUCAACAUCUUAUCCGUGUAAUAAUGGUUUAUAAAUAUGAAAAAAUAGUAAAGUGACAUUUGUUUUACAAAUGUCACUUUACAUUUGACAUUUUGACAUGUUUUUUAGAGACAGACCCUCAGCAUUAGUGAUGUCAAUGAAUGCCUUUAUAAGCAAAGUGUAGUGCUAAAACAUUUUCAUACUGUUUAUUCUAGAUUUGUUAAUUCCCUGUGUCAGAUAUAUGGUGGGUCAUUUCUGUACAUCUGCUUAUGUUGUGACCAUUUGGUUGUGACCUGACAUGAUCUUUGUGUUUUCUUUUUCAUAUUAAAAUGAAAUAAUAUGUAAA